CGGCGGCGGCAGACGUGUGUGCGCGCGCGCAGGAGCGGGGCCGCGGCCGGUGCGCACCGGGCGCCUCCCCCGCCCCCUCCCCAACCCCUUUCCCCGCGCUCGCCCCGGUCCUCCCCCCCCCUCCCGGCCCCGUUUCCCCCGCAGCCGGGCGGGGGAGGAGGAUGGAAACACCCUUCUACCAUGAUGAUGUGUUGAGCGGCCUCGGCAGCGGCUUCGCCCCGUCCUCCGGCAGCAGCGGGCUCCUCCUGCCCUUCCCUGGCGGCAGCAUGAUGAAGAAGGACGCGCUCGGCAUGGCCUUACCGGAGCAGUUGGCGGCGGCGCUGAAAGCCCCCGGCGCGGCCAGCGGCGAAGCGGCGGGGCUGCUGGGCUCGGCCGAGCUGGGGCUGCUCAAACUGGCGUCACCGGAGCUGGAGCGGCUCAUCAUCCAGUCCAACGGGCUGGUCACCACCACCCCGACGAGCGGGCAGUUCCUCUACCCGAAAGCGGCCGCCUCCGAGGAGCAGGAGUUCGCCGAGGGCUUCGUGAAGGCGCUGGAGGACUUGCACAAGCAGAACCAGCUGGGCGGCGGCGCGGCGGGGAGCGGCGGCGGCGGAGGAGGGAGCGGCGGCGGGAGCGGCGGCGCGGGCGAGCUGCCCGCCGCCGGGAUGGCCCCGGAGCCGCCGGUCUACGCCAACCUCAGCACCUACCCGGCCGUCAGCUACGCCGCCGACCCGGGGCCGUUCGCGGCGCCGCCGCCGCGGCUCCCGCCGCCGCCCCCGCCGCCGCCGCCGCUGAAGGACGAGCCGCAGAUCGUGCCGGAGGUGCCGAGUUUCGGGGAGAGCCCGCCGCUGUCCCCCAUCGACAUGGACACGCAGGAGCGCAUCAAGGCGGAGCGGAAGCGGCUGAGGAACCGCAUCGCCGCCUCCAAGUGCCGCAAGAGGAAGCUGGAGCGGAUCUCCCGGCUGGAGGAGAAGGUGAAGAGCCUCAAGAGCCAGAACACGGAGCUCGCCUCCACCGCCAGCCUGCUCCGCGAGCAGGUCGCCCAGCUCAAGCAGAAGGUGCUCAGCCACGUCAACAGCGGCUGCCAGCUCCUGCCCCAGCACCAGCAUCAGGUGCCGGCGUACUGACCGGGGGGGCCCGAGCCCGGGGACGGACUUUGAGGGGUCCCGGGCACGGACCGAGGGGAACUUGGGGAGCGCCCGCCCUGCCCCGGGCACGGACCGAGGGGAACUUGGGGAGCCGCCCGUGCGUGCCGGGCACAGACUGAGGGGAGCGGGGGUAGAGCCCAUCCCGCCCCGGGAACGGACCGAGGGGUUCCGGGCACGGAGCGGGGGGAGCGCCCGCCAUGCCCCGGGCGCGGACUGAGGGAUGCCGGGCAUGGACGGAGGGGUCCCGAGGGGAGGAAGAGGAGCGAUAAUCAGCCCCCUCAGCUCCCUGAGGGGUCCGAGCGGAGGUCCGGGACCGGCUCCGGGCGGUGGGCACCGAGCACCCCCCGCGCACGGGCUGCGGGGAGGGAGAAGCCGGGGGUUCCCCUCACGGACUGAGGGGGGACUUGGGCCUUCCCCCCGCGCCCCACACAUUCCAGUCAGGCCCCAGUAAAGCCCCGCGACACGGAGAA